AAUUAGCCUUAAGGUCACAUUACUCUUGCGCAGAACUACGAUAUAACAUAUUAAUAUGGUGGAAUUGUUGUGAGUGAAAGUACAAAAUGGAAGAUUUGUUGUUUUAAUCAAGUUUAUUGUAAAUAAAUUCCAUACAUGUUCAGGAGAAAAAUAGAUAUUAUUGCAGAAAUGAUUUUAAAUACCAUUUGUUGCUUAUUUAAAAGAUAGCACUGUAGAAAUGACUCCAAAAUGGAAGACCACUAGUUCAGAAUCUACCACAACAACUAGUUCUGGUUCUUCAUCAAGUAGUUCUUCAAGUUCAGGCAGUGAAUCUAGUUCAUCUGAUUCUGAAAAUUCUAGCAGUUCUGCUAAUAGUCAAAAAGUAUCUGAUACAGAAAGGACAAAAAAGAAAACAACAUUCCCUCCUAAUAGACAUGGCAAAUCUAAAGUUGAUACAGCUGUUGCUCCUUCUGUAGAAAAUAAAAAUAAAGAUAGAGUACCACCAAAAAAUAGAUCUGUAGUAUAUUCUUCAGAAUCAGAAGGAUCACCAAGUAAAGUAAAAGCAACAACAAAAAGGAAGCCACCUACUAAACCAAAAGCAACUGCUACGGUAGCACCUGUUGUUAAACAACAAAGGCCACCUGCUAAGUCAGUGGCUACUACUGGUCAACAAAAAAAUGUACCAAAUCCUAAAACAAUUGCUAACAAACCAAAUAAACCUUGUGCCUCUACAAGUGCUAAUGGAAAAGGUCCUGAGAAAUCUAUAAAAACGAUUUCUGAACCUGUACAAAAAAAGUUAAAAAAGAAGAGUAUAUUCAGUCCUGAGAAUAGUAGUGAAAGUGACAGUGGUAUUCCAACAAAAACUAAUUCAGUAAAACCUAUAAAUAGUUCUACGAAAUACACAAAAAAUCAACAAUCUAAACCAAAACCAAAUGAUGCAAAACAGAAAGCAGUUGCUCCAAAUAGAUCUAGUUUAUUAACUAAAUCUGCACAAUCUCAAAAAUCAGAUAGUUCUGCAAGUUCGAAAAGCUGUUCUGCAGGAUCAGGUUCAUCAGCUUCCACAGAUAGUAGCACAGAUUCUGAAUCAUCAGAAAGUGUUACAAGUCCACAACCACAAACAAAGAAAAAAGAUACUCAACCAAGUACAACAAUAAGUGCCACUACAAACGUUCCACCAAAGCGACCUUCUGCAGCAGUUGCACCUGUAAAACCACAAAAGUGUACAAAAAGACAAAAUACAAUAAAAAGCGAAGAUGAAGCCGACGCGUCCGCGAGUGAGAAAGAAAUGGAUGAACAUGGUGAAACGGGCACGUCGAAAGCAACUAUUAAAGGCAAACGAAAACUUCAGACUCGAAAAGGUAGCAAAUUGCUUCAACUACAAGCAAAGGCAGCCAGCGAUUCGGAAUCCGAUACAGUAUGGUUCUCAGGUACGGAAACGGUAGCGUGUAAACGUAUCCUGCAAAUUCCGCUGAUCCGGUGUGAUUUAUCGAGAGUAGCUGAGAGCAAGAGGAGUGCCAGCAAAUCGCCCGUUAAACGUGCUGGACCUAGUACUGCAGCCAGACAUUCAUCCGCAGCCAACAGAAUACCACAGAACAGUGGUACAUCAAAUGCUACUACUGGAAGAUCAGGACAAGGCAAUUAUGGCCGUACACGCGUAAACAAGGAGAGAGAAUGUCCCCUAGCGCCAACAUGCGAUUCUCGGGGCCAUCUCUCUGGAAAGCUCGAUUCGCAUUUCACUUUAGAAGCUUGUCCUUUGUAUCACAACACUACGCCACAAGCUUGCGCAGAAUUUUAUAAAGAGAGGAAAAAACGCGAAGAAGAGAGGAAAAAAGCCAUAGCAUGCUUGGCGAAAAAAUCUCCAAAAGGCUUGCACCAAACAACGGAACAGCGUAAUUAUCAAUUAAAAGUGAGAGAAAUGAGAAAUAAAUGGAAAGGAAACGCUGGUGAUGGAAACGAAAGCGAUAGUAGUUGUGAACUUCAGGGAAACGAGAAAGAUCGUCAGCCACGAUUGACAAAUUUAACGCCAGACUACGAUUUAAAAUUAUUUAUGGAAGCGCAAGCGAUCGCAAGUGAAAAAAUCGAAAAAGAAUUAAAAGAAUUAGAUUACGACGGUGAAGGCAGAAAUAGUGGUGGUACACGAGUUAUCGAAAUGGGAAAGUGGGAAAUGGAAGUAUGGUAUCAAAGUCCAUACCCAGAGGAAUUUAGUCGUGCUCCAAAACUUUAUUUAUGCGAAUACUGUUUACGAUAUGCAAAAAGUCGUCAAGUUUUAAGAAGGCAUCGAGAAAAAUGUUUAUGGAGACAUCCGCCUGGACAUGAAGUGUAUAGAAAAGAUAAAAUAGGUGUUUGGGAAGUCGAUGGGAAACGUUACAAGCAAUAUUGUCAAAAUCUCUGUUUAUUGGCAAAAUUCUUUUUGGAUCAUAAGACAUUGUAUUAUGAUGUCGAGCCUUUCCUUUUUUAUGUGAUGACGAUUGGCGAUUCUGAAGGUUGUCACACGGUCGGAUACUUCAGUAAGGUGAGUUUUUAAAUCUACAUUCUUAAAAAAAAAAAAAAAUAAAACGAUAUCAAUUA